CACUAAUUAACAAAAAAACUGACAUUACUAAGAAGUUUUUUUUUCCAUUGGAGCAAUGCGUGUCAAUCCAGAUAAUAUAGAAAUUCUGGUUGUAACAUGUUUGGGAAUAGCAUUACGUGGAAUCACAUCACUAGGAUCCUAUUCUGGUGCAUCCACCCCACCCAUGUUUGGAGAUUAUGAGGCCCAAAGACACUGGCAAGAAAUAACGCUAAAUCUACCGGCAAAAGAAUGGUACACAAAUACAUCGGAUAAUGAUCUACUAUAUUGGGGUUUGGAUUAUCCUCCUUUGACGGCCUAUCACAGCCUCAUAUUGGGAAAGGUGGCAUCGAAAUAUUUGAAUAGCAGCUAUGUGGAGUUGUACAAGUCACGUGGAUAUGAAUCGGAAGGGCAUAAGACGUUUAUGCGUCACACUGUGCUGUGGGCCGAUAUAUUUCUUUACAUUCCAGCAUGUAUAAUUUUGGUCAAAGCAAUGGAUACAUUUCUUGCUAAUAAGAAGCAACGAUUGUGUCUUUUGGCAGUGCUGAUUUCUUAUCCCGGCUUGAUACUUAUCGACAAUGGCCAUUUCCAGUACAAUAACAUUUCAUUGGGUUUGAUGUUGGUGGCUAUUGCAGCAGUGCUACAAGAUGCAUAUGUCUGGGCAGCAUUCUUUUUUUCCUUGGCCUUGAACUACAAACAAAUGGAGCUCUAUCACGCUUUGCCAUUCUUCGUUAUGCUGUUACGAGUAUCCUUGAAUGGAAACACAUUUGCACAUAAAAUGGUUACUCUAUUUAAGAUUGCUACGAUGACAUUGGCCACGUUUGCCAUGUUAUGGUUACCUUGGUUGAAAUCUAAAGAUUUAGUUAUGACUGUAAUACAUCGACUAUUUCCAUUCAAUAGAGGAGUAUUUGAAGACAAAGUAGCAAACAUAUGGUGUUCCCUUAAUGUUGUUUACAAAUUUAAGGAAAACGUUACCAACCCAGAAAUGGCCUUAAUAUGCCUGACAACCACUUUACUGGCCAUACUACCAUUAAAUGCACAUGUCUUUUAUAAGGGACAGAAAAAUACAUUCGUCUUUAGUCUUUUCAAUACAGCCAUCGGAUUUUUUUUAUUCUCAUUUCAAGUUCAUGAAAAGUCCAUUCUUUUGGCUGCACUGCCUGCAAUAUGCCUAUUGCCGCAUAUGCCAUUUUGUGCUGUAAGUUUUUUGAAGAUUUCCGUACUAAGUAUGCUGCCAUUAUUCAUUAAGGAUAAACUGUGUGUAGCAUAUUUUGCAAUGAUCAUUGGUUUUACAGUUGGCCUAAGAAAUUUGCUGAAAAUUGAUUAUAGCAAAAAUGUUAAAAUUCAAAAAAUAUUAGAUGUGUUAAUGGUCGUUUUGGACAUAUUUAUAAUUAUAAUAUCAUUGACCGCAAUAUUUGUGCCCAGCCCAGCUAGUCUACCACACAUCUGGCCUCUUUUCAUUUCCGUGUUAUGUUGUGGCGGCUUUUUAUUGUUACUGCUAGUAUCUGUUAUUUAUCAAUUUGGCUAUGAAAAAUCAUUAUAUAAAAUAUUUUAUAAAAUUAUACCAAACAUAAGUUAAUGGAGCCUGUGUAAAAUAUUAGAAAAAUAAAUGAUAACAGAAUAAUUGAAAAAAA